AUGUUUUAUAAAUAUAAUGCUUGGGAUCCCAAGUUAAUUAUAGGACAGAUUUUAUCAAUACAAUGUUUAUAUUAUAUAUUAUUAGCAGGUAUAUUAUACCUGUUAGAUUCAAUGUUUUCAUCAUCCUUAUCAUUAGAACAAAUGUUUGAAUAUCAAUCAAUCAAUACUCAUUCUCAAAGUGGUAGAGUUGUUAUGACUGCUUUUUUAAUUAAUUCAUUAUUUGGUUCAUUUUGUUUAAAAUAUAUAGUGGAACGAUCAAAGAAAUGUUUAGAUCAUUCAGCUACAGUUACAUUUAUACAUUUUAUUAUAGUUUGGAUUGUUUCAGGAUUCCCAAAGACAGUAGUUUGGUGGGCAAUUCAAUUGAUUGGUAUGGUUAUAAUGGCAAUGAUUGGUGAAUAUUUAUGUAUGCGUAAAGAGUUAAUGGAUAUACCAUUACAAAGAGGAAAAGAUUUAGAUUCAACUCCAAUCACAAUUCCACCAUCACCUCAUACUUCAUCACCAAUUAUGAAUCCAAAAAAUAAUAGUAAUGGAAAUAGUGGAAGUAAUAAUAAUAAUAAUAAUAUCUUUAGUAAUAGUAUAAAUAGUAGUGGUGGUAGCAGUAGUAGUAUCAACAGUAUUGGAAAUAGUAAUAAUCCCUACCAACCAAUCGAAUUGGAGAUUUUAACACAUCAAGAUAAACAGGAUGAACAUGAUGAUUGA